CCCAAUCCUUGGCUUGAUCAAGCCCAGAAGGAACAACAGGAGGAGCUGGAGAUGGAAGAAACGGAUCGUGGACCUAUACGCUUCUCCCAUCUUACGUCCGCUAAUGAAAUCCAGCUAGAAAGACAGCGCAUCGCAGCUCGGAAAGCUGGAGAGGAAAGGGUGCAGGGAAAAUGAAAGGGGAAAGAGCGGGACAACGCCCCGUCCCAGGAAAAUGUAUCGACAGGCGUCUCAGCAGGCGCCAGAAGAUGGGCCGCCAGGGGAUGGGCCUCCAGGGGAUGAGCCGUCAGAUGAUGAGCCUCCAGAGGAUGAGCAGCAACCGGGGCCCAGACGACCAGGAGUUGCUGCCCACGCUGCUCCUCCUCCUCCACCUCCUCCACGACCGAGGAAGCAAACUCCGGCUAAGAAGGCCGCGACAAAAGCCGGCAAUACACAGGCCGGUAAUCCUCCACCGGGGCCCGCCGAAGUCGAGGAUAAUGCAGAAGAAGCAAAUAUGACAGCACGAGGGAAGGGGCAAGCUAAGGCCAAGGCAACCAGAGCAGCCAAGAAGGCAACAAGAGAUAACAGGAUCGCAAAGGGCAAGGCAACCAGAGCAGCUAACAAGGCGGCAGCGGCCAACAAGGCGGCAGAAAAAGUAGCAGCAGAAGAAGAAGAAGAAGCGGCAGACAACGGAGCGGCGCACAACGGAGCACCGGCCGAGGAGCCGGCGGCCGAGCAAGCCGCAGCUAAGGAGCCGGCGGCGGCGGCGGUGGCACCACGUCGAGCAACACGUCGACGAGAACCACCAGCACGGGCAGCGGCAGGCAACUUGAAUAGAGCAACCAUGAUCGGAAAAAAGCGCGAUCGGGAGGAAAGCGAUGACGAGGUCUCGUCGCCAGAGGUCGGCAGACGGUCGCCGAAACGGCGGAGGAGAAAUGGCCGAGCCCAGCAGCCUGACGCUCUGGACGACAUUUUCUUGCACGGGUCCGGGAGCGGCAGCCGCGGGGGCUUGCGUCAAGCCGGCCAAGACGACGACGGCGUGCGACGUCACAGGGCCGCGAAGGAGGAUCAUUUUGCUGUGGCUCUGGCCAAGUCCCGGCGGCAGGUGCGCCGCUCGGCUAGGCGUGCCGCCGCCGCUGCCGGCUACGAGAGGCAGCAGCCUGGGGGCCGUCUGCCGAUCAUGCAGGAGGAAGACAGCUCUAUGUUCGACAUCGAUGGGGGCGCACUGGAAGAAGAGGCACUCACGUUGCUAAAAGAAGAGGUGUUGACGUCGGAAGAAGCAGUUGGGCAGGGGGGCGGUUUUAUGUUGGACAUCGAUGGGGAAGCAAUGGACGAAGACGCAUUCAUAGUGGAACCAGAGGCAUUGACACGGGAAGAAGUAGUUGUUGGAGAUGGCUACGAGGGAAUUGUGGAUCGAGCGGAUGGAAUCUCUGCGGCUUCGAGCUAA